AGCAAAACAUCCAAAAAGGGACGAGCAUGACUUCUGGCCGUGGGAGUGCUUGGACAUUGACUAGAAGCGAUUAUGGGAAGGAUGUGCAGAUGACAAAGGUUAAGGAGAUUGAUAGAGCACAAUGUAUAGAAACACACCGUAUAUUGAUGAAACACGAACCUCUUACUCGAACUCUAUUACAAGGGAGAUUAGAGAUACUCGCUGUAUCAGUUCAUGCUGAAGGUGACACAAGCAUGGAUCAUUACGAUGAGCAUGAUGAUAUGGCAUUGCAGACGAACAAGCCCUUGUUGCCUAUUGAUCCCGUCGUUGAACUUAGCAAGAAAAUGCAGAAGCAAGAGAUGGGUACAAAGAAAGAAGAAGGAACCAAGUGCAGCACUUGCCACACGUUCGUUGGGGAAGCUAAGCAAUACAGAGAGCAUUGUAAGAGUGAUUGGCACAAACACAACUUGAAGCGUAAGACUCGUAAACUGCCUCCUCUUACUGCUGCUGAAGAAUGCAUGGGUGAGAUUGAUAUGGACGACUCUAAAGCAGAUUUGAAAGACUACUCUUUCUGAAAUUUACUGAUUUUAAAUUUAGUGUCUUCUUUGUUGAUGUUAAAUGCAAUAUCUUGUAGUCGUAUCAAUGUUUUUGCCGGAAGAACAAGAAGCAGCUUUGAAACAACUAAGAAAGAAUCUCAAGUUCAAGGCUAAACCUGUCCCCAACUUCUACUACUACGAGGCGCCUCCAGCGAAACCUGAGCUCAAGAAGUAUAUUUAGAAACACAACUCGUAUAUAUUUGCUUAGCUUAGAGCUCAGCAUUGUUCUUUCUUGUGACUUAAGUAGCAUGUUGUGUAACUUUCUAGCUUCCUUUGAUCCGUCCCAAGUCGCCAAACUCAUUCUUUCUCGGAGAAAAAGCUUCAGCGAUGCAGUCCGCGAAGAGGUUCCGAAGACAGCUUCCAACCGGAACCGACACAGCACCGGAACAGUUCAGAACAAGAACACAAUUGCUGUGCAUGACAGCCCUCGUUUCAGAUCUGGCAAGGGUAAAAAUGGACUGAAACCAGUCAACGAGUGAGGCUUGAAAUGACGAUGAUUGAUCCUUUGUUGUUGGUCUGUGUUAUACUCUCAGUCUAACUUUGAUCUCAUCGGGGAAAAAUUUAAAAUCAAAACAAAGACUCUUUUUUGUUUUUUUAUAUCUCAACGGUAACAUAUGUUGAAUUUCCUUUUUUUACCAAAAAAACAAAAAAAGAAAUAUUGACACGUGGACUUUCUUUAUAAACAAGCAUGUUACUACUAAAAUUGCAAGGCGGCAGAUAAGUUGCGGUGAUCUUCUCCAACAUUUAACAAUGAUCAAUUUCUUUCUUUAAUCACUCUGUUCUUCUUCCUUUCUCCAACCUCUCAAAUUCAAAAACCAUGAUUUUACCUAGAAACCUCGAUCUAUCUACAUGGCGAUUCCCAGAAGAACACAAGGACGUCAAACCCUAAUUUCAAGAAACAGCAGAGUUUCUCCAAGUAUGGUGAUGGUCGUUCUUCAAAAACUUAUCCUUCUUACAAGAAGAACAGGUUACGUUCACCGCGGUUCUCCGACGAUCCCCAGAAGAACACAAAGACGUCAAACUCUAAUUUCAAGAAACAUGUUACGUUCACCACGCGGUUCUCCGACGAUGCCCAUGUGGUGAUUAUCUGCGGCGCUGUGACUGAAGUCCUCAGAUUUUGGUACGGUUUUGUCUAUUUCUGGGUUCCUGCAGAAACACCUUCUCGAUUGUUUUCUAAUCUCAAUUAGGGUUUUGGGUGUUGACAAAGUUGUGAUUUUCAAUUGUUUUUGCUCUUGCAAUUUCACUUCACUUCCGUAGAUUCUUUUGGGGUUAAUUGAAAAAUUAAGUGAAUUUGUGGCUAGAAGAAUAAGGUAAAACUCUCUUUUGUUUGUGUUGAUGUAACUUUUGCAGGGGAUACUUGUGUUACAAGGGACUUGGAACCACGAAAUUCCAUUCCAUCCUUUUCUCUCGCAAUCUCUGAGUCUCUCUUGCUCGCUUAAGCAGAAUCCGCCAUCGAAAGAGGUACUCAAAGAUCUUAAACUUUUGCGUAUCACUGAUAAACAAAACGUAAUCAAAGUUCUAACAGUUUGCUUAGUUUUAUACUUACUUAUACCUCUUCGUAGACUUAUAUGGAUUUUGUUUUGUUCUAUAAAGAUUAUUACCCUCUUCGUAGACUCAUUUCUAUCCAAUUAAAAAUAUUUUAAGAAUUCCACUUUUUUAUUCAAAUUAUUAGAGCCUAAUUUAAACCCAUUUAUACAUUCUCAAUUAAAUCUUUAAACCUUUCCACACCUUAAUAUUUUGUUCAAAACAUAUUCACUAUCAGUAAUAUGUGUAAUUAUUACAUAUUUUAUUAAAACUUUUACAUCUUUAAUUUUCUAAGGCUUUAGGUAUAGGGUACAAGAGAAAUAGGGUACAUGAGAUCAUGGUUAUUAGGAAUUAAGAGGUAUUUGAGAUAAAAGGGUACUUGAGAUUUAGGUUUAUGGGAUUAAGGAUACAUGGGAUUAGAGGAUAUUUGAGAUUAAGGAUAUUUGAGACAAGGGUUUGAAGUAUUUGAGAAUAAGGGGCAUUUGAGAUUAAGGAGUAGUUGAGAUUAUGAGCAUUUGAGAUUAGGGGCAUAUGAGAUCAAGGGGUAUUUGAGAUUAAGGAUAUUUGAGAUUAAGGGUUUGGGGUAUUUGAGAAUAAGGGGUAUUUGAGAUUAAGGGGUAGUUGAGAUUAUGAGCAUUUGAGAUUAAGGGCAUAUGAGAUCAAAGGAUAUUUUAGAUUAAGGGGUAUUUGAGAUUAAGAGCAUAUAAAGGGUAUUUUAGAUUAAGGGGCAUUUGAGAUUGAAUAGUAUUUUAGAUUAAAGGGUAAUUGAGAUUAAGGGGCAUUUGAGAUUGAAUAGUAUUUUAGAUUAAAGGGUAAUUGAGAUUAGGGGUAUUUGAGAUUAAUGGGUAUUUAAGAUUAGGGGCAUUUUAGAUUAAGGGGCAUUUGAGACUAGGGGUAUUUGAGAUUAAAGGGGUAUUUGAGAAUAUGGGUAUUUGACAUUAAAGGGUAUUUGAGAAUAUGGGUAUUUGAGAUUAAAGGGGUAUUUGAGAAUAGGGAUAUUUGAGAUUAAAUGGUAUUUGAGAAUAGGGGUAUUUGAGAUUAAGGGGUAUUUGAGAAUAGGGGUAUUUGAGAUUAAAGGGUAUUUGAGAUUAAAGGGGUAUUUGAGAUUAAAGGGUAUUUGAGAAUAAGAGUAUUUGAUAAUAGGGGUAUUAGAGAAUAGGGGUAUUAGAGAAUAGGGGUAUUUGAGAUUAUAGGGGUAUUUGAGAAUAUGGGUAUUUGAGAUUAAAGGGUAUUUGAGAUUAAAGGGUAUUUGAGAAUAGGGGUAUUUGAGAAUAGGGGUAUUUGAGAAUAGGGGUAUUUGAGAUUAAAGGGUAUUUGAGAAUAAGGGUAUUUGAGAUUAAAGGGUAUUUGAGAAUAGGGGUAUUUGAGAA